UUGGAGUCACCCUCUGAGGAACUGAGGAUGACACGGGAUGAGGCACUGCCCGACUCCCACUCCGCACAGGGCUUUUAUGAGAAUUAUGAGCCCAAGGAGAUCCUGGGCAGGGGCGUUAGCAGUGUGGUCAGACGCUGCAUCCACAAGCCCACGUGCCAGGAAUAUGCCGUGAAGAUCAUCGACGUGACCGGUGGGGGCAGCUUUAGCUCCGAGGAGGCACAGGAGCUGCGGGAAGCCACGCUGAAGGAGGUGGACAUUCUGCGCAAGCUGAAGGACACUUAUGAGACCAACACUUUCUUCUUCUUGGUGUUUGACCUGAUGAAGAGAGGGGAGCUCUUUGACUACCUCACUGAGAAAGUCACCUUGAGUGAGAAGGAGACUAGGAAGAUCAUGAGAGCCCUGCUGGAGGUGAUCUGUACCUUACACAAACUCAACAUUGUGCAUCGGGACCUGAAGCCUGAGAACAUCCUCCUGGAUGACAACAUGAACAUCAAGCUCACAGACUUUGGCUUUUCCUGCCAGCUGGAGCCAGGAGAGAAGCUGCGAGAGGUUUGUGGGACCCCCAGUUAUCUGGCCCCUGAGAUCAUUGAGUGCUCCAUGAAUGAUGACCAUCCAGGCUAUGGGAAGGAAGUGGACAUGUGGAGUACGGGCGUCAUCAUGUACACCCUGCUGGCCGGCUCCCCACCCUUCUGGCACCGGAAGCAGAUGCUGAUGUUGAGGAUGAUCAUGAGUGGCAACUACCAGUUUGGCUCACCUGAGUGGGACGAUUACUCAGACACCGUGAAGGACCUGGUCUCUCGCUUCUUGGUGGUGAACCCCCAGAACCGCUAUACAGCAGAAGAGGCCUUGGCACAUCCCUUCUUCCAGCAGUAUGCAGUGGAAGAAGUGCGUCACUUCAGCCCCCGGGGGAAAUUCAAGGUGAUUGCCCUGACAGUGCUAGCUUCAGUGCGGAUCUACUAUCAGUAUCGCCGGAUGAAGCCUGUGACAAGGGAGAUCGUCAUCCGUGACCCGUACGCCCUUCGGCCUCUGCGCCGACUCAUCGACGCCUAUGCUUUCCGAAUUUAUGGCCACUGGGUGAAGAAGGGGCAGCAGCAGAACCGGGCUGCCCUCUUUGAGAACACACCCAAGGCUGUGCUCCUCUCCCUGGCUGAAGAGGACUUCUGAGGGGCUGGCAGGUGGGAUAGGGCUGGGAUGACAGGUAAAGGGGGAAACCACAGAAAUAUAAGUCAAAGGAGUGAGACUGUGUGCAGGCCUCUGUGCAAAAGAGCACUUGUUCCAGGCCAGGAACCCCUGGAAUGGAGGCUACAAUCCCCUCUCAAAGGCUCUGCACAGGAGAGGUAUUCCUACCAUAGGGCAAUAAAUGCAGACUGGGGCAGGCCACUGCAGCGUGGGGUGGAGCAGAUGUGGUUCCCUCCUGCUUCUCCACUUUCCAGUAGUGCUACCAUCUCAGUUUCUGUUUAUGGGAGGCUCUGAGUUACUCUCUUCCCCUGAGGCCCUCUUCCCUUAGGGUCUCUGGGUGAGGAUAAAAGAUACUGAAAUGU